AUGGCGACAAGGAGUCAACAUGCAGCAGCAAGAAGGCUUGAGUUUGCUGCACCAAAUGAACCUGAGUCUCCACCUGCAGAUGUUUCCUCCAAGACUCAGAAAAAAAGAAAUUCGCGACGUAGCCGCAGGAGCUUUUCACCCGACAUAUAUGGAGCUGGUUCUGAUUAUGAUGAAAACACACCGUCACCAGCUCGAAGUGCUGAUGAAGUUCUUUUGCUAAACACCAGAUCAGCAACUGUACGAUUGUCAACUUUUCCGAAAUUCCCAAACAGUAUAGAGUCUUCCAGACUUUGGGCUUCUAAUGGAUUCUACAUCAACGAAAAAGGUAAUGCGGAAUGCUUCUCUUGUCAUGUGAUUAUCAUAGAUUGGAAAAUAUUGAGUGACCCGAACAAGGUGCACAUGGAAAGAUAUCCAAAAUGCAGGUUCAGAAGGGGCGAGGACACUGGUAACGUUCCUUUCAACUGUCGCCCAGCUACUCCAUUGCUAUCAAGUAGUGAUGAUGACAACAUACCAAGUCCUCCUAAGCUCCGUAACCUAAUGGACACUCCACCAGAAACCCCACGUCAAAGAGCGUCCGCCCCGCCUUUGAGAUACGGACGAACAACUUCACAGCUGAGUCCAGUGAACCAAGCAGACACUCAGGGAUGCUCGCACUGGGACGUUACACCAAUCAAAGAAUAUGAAACUGCCAGUAUAUCUACGAAAUCGGGUAUCAACUUAAGCAGAUAUGUCUAUGAUGAAGAAUAG